UACAACUUGAUAAAAAAUGAAAAAUAAACCUCUGUAAUUUCAUAGAAAAAAAAAAUUUAAGUGUACAGUUUCAUUUUUUUAGCAUCUUGAAAUAAAUAUUUCUGAGUUCUCUAUCCCUCUGUGUAGUGUUGUCACAGUACCAAAAUUUCUGUAUUCGGUACCAAUACCAGUGAAAAUCCAUGGUUCUCGGUACCAAUUUCGGUACCAAAGCAAUGCACAAAAACCAUGCGAAUUAAAAAAAACAUUAUUUUUAUUAAUAAAGUUAAACAAAAAUAAAUGUACAAAAAUCAAUGCCAUACUUUAUGCUUAUUUAAAAUUGUUUCAAGUUUUUCCACAAGUAAUAAAGGUAUGAAAAAAAAAGUAAACAAGUUUCACCCAAAAGUUUUUGUCAUAUUUCUGCUGCCGCUGAAAAAUAACUGUAAACUGUUGUCUUGUUUUAGGGUUUGCUGGUGUGUUUCAUGAUCUUCCUCAGCCUGCAGCUGUAAAAGGAAAAUAGAAUAUAUUUAAGUAAAGCAAUGGGCUGAGUCUGACCAAAUGCAUCAUUAGAUCAUUGACAACAGCUAAAAUAUAACUUUUCAGUAAAUAACAAACCUUAGCUUUUAUAAUAAAUUUAGAUAAGACUACAUAUAUUUUAACUGUAUAUCAAAUAGAUGGAAACUGUAGUAUUAAAAACACUUUACAAUAAGAUUCCAUUUGUUAGAUAGCAUGACCUAUCAAUACAAGUUAUAUAGCAAUUACUCUUCUUAGGGUUAAUUUCAAAAUGUACUAAUACAUAAAAUCAAAGGUUCAACCUAUUAAAAUUAUUUAAUGCACAAUGACCAAACAUGAAUGAUCAAGUGUUUGUAUUAAAUGCCAUUCACAAACAUUAAUUAAUGUUGUAAAAAAUAUACAGUAUAUAUAUUGUUCACUCACUGUAAGAUGAUGUUAGAUAAUAACAUGAAGUCAUGUUAAUGAAUGGUAUUAUUGUAAAGUCUAUACAGGAGAUAAAAUUUGACUGUACUUUCAUUUAAUCCAAACUGUACAUAUUUAAUUUUAAAGGGCUUUUAAAACCUGCUAGUUAUCCAGCCAAGAAUAACAACUAACUAACUAGCUAAAAAAAUAAAUAAAAUAAAAAAGCCCAGAACUGCUUUUCUGACGGACUGAUAUGACAUAAACACUGUUAACCAUUUGUACAUUCUCUAACACGCAUAUUUUAGAUUCACAAUUCAUUUAAAAGCCUCUGGUGUGUCCUCCUGUUGUUGUUUUUUACCCUAAUAAAAGUUAUAGACGCAUUAAAUAGUUAAUAAAGAAACUUCAUUCUAAUGCUCAUUAUAUUAGCGUUAGCUGUGCUCAUGCUAACAUUAACUCUGCUAAUAACGGCAAUGUUUAUUUCAAUCCGACAUUCAAAUUAAAAUAUGGAACAAUAUUCAUAACAGAAGAUCUAAAUAUUAAAUUGAAACUUACCUGCUUGAACUCUUUCGUUUGAUCCGGGUGUCGGUCUUUAAAGUGUUUAGUUUGAUGUGUUUCCUCUUGAUGUUGCCCUGUCUCAGUGCUUUUAUGAAGAGAGUGCAUCUGCGCACCUUUCAGAUCGCAUCAAGAACUGGGUUGACCGGAUUGACCGGGUACUCGGUUCCACCGGUACUUAAAAAAACCUGGUACCGUGACGUUUUAAUUUUUUAGUUCCAACUUGGUACCGGGUCAUUUGACAACACUACCUCUGUGUUGUGUUUGUUUAUUUUUUCUGUUAGGAAGAUAACUGAGCCUUUAAAUUUCCUUUGUAAUAGAUAUGCUUAUAAAUCAAGAACAAGGCAUUUAUAGCUGUAUAUGUAAACUGCUUACUAAUUACUAUUAAUGUUGGGACAAUGCUUUAUAAAGGAUGAACUGACGAUUCACUAAUUCUUACCUAAUGAUUCGUAGAGUGCAGUUAUUAUAAAGUGUUACCCGUAAUCUUAACUUUAAUCUUCCGAUUCAUGCUGUUUUUUGAUUCACUACUUUGAAAUCCUUCAUCCACCCAGGUGGUUUUGUCCUGACCAGUCGUUGGUGGAUUUCUUGAGUUGAACGGAGAAAAGCAGGUUUAACAAAAUGAUGCUCACCUCACAUUAUCAGUCCAUCGUGCACUUAAGAAGAAUGCUGACCAUCUUUCCUGUUGUGUGUCUGUUAGGGCUGUGUAAAUAAUCAAAUGCAAUGGUCAUGCGCAUCUCGUCAGUAAAGCCAGUUCUGUGUUUAGUAGUAAAUCUCCAUCACGUGCUUUCAGAUGGAAUGGCAUUUUCUACACAGAUCCAUUGUUCACUGACAAGCUAUGCAAUAUCGCGCUCAUAAUCACAGGCAAUACAUCGCCGAUAAUGAAUGCGAUAUUGCGUAGCUUGUCAGUGAACUAUACGGCUCUGUGUAGUAAAUGUGCCCUAGUGUCCAUUCCUUCAGUAUUUGUGUUCUAAGCAAACUCAGCUCAGGACAGGAUUCAGAAGCUGUUGAGAAGUCCUCCAUGGACAGAGUAAGUGAUCUUGGGAAGACUGCAGUAACCAUUUCAGGUUUCUCAAAGUCCUCAACCAUUACUGGUAAGGGCAUUCUUGAUAAGCAAUCCACAGUUGGGUUCUGAGCUCCAGGGUGGUACACACCGUCUUAAGAAAAACACAGCUGACCACCUCUCCACUCUCAUUUCAGCAUGUUCAGUUUCUUUCGUACCCAGCAAUGUGGUUAAAGGGGUUAUAUGAUGUGAUUUCUUGUUUUCCUUUUCUUUAGUGUGUUAUGUAGGUGUUUGUGCAUGUAUAAGAUCUGCAGAGUUACAAAGCUCAAAGUCUCCCACAAAAGGAUUUAUUCUAUCCAAAAGAGAAGUCUGAUCCAGACCGGGCUAAAACGCCUCAUUAAAACACGCACCCACAUGUCUACGUCACGAUGUGGAAAUAUUUGCAUAAUGUCGCCCAAAUGUGCACGCAAAGAAAGAAGGCGUGGUUUCAGUAACCGCAGUAGUGUUGAUGCAGCCUUGCCAUGGGAGACACUGUGCGUUUCUAUGCGAAACAAAAGCACUUUAUUUGGCCUUCUGAAAGUAGAUACAAUUAGGAAUCACUGGUUAAGAUUUGUUUACAACAGAAUAGCACAACCCAAAUGUUCGAAUUUGUGCAACACAUUUUAUGGAUGACAGUUUCGUGAACCUAGGAGAGUACAAGGCUGGCUGUGCACAAAGGCUAUUUCUAAAAAAAAAAAAGAAAAAAAAAAAGGUUCAGUUCUGACUCAAUCAGUGACUGCAAGUAUGUUUUGUUAUUAGUAUUAAGUAUUUGCUAUUGACUGUUCAAAUGUACAGUUUUGUGCAGUGUAGAGUAACGCAUUGUGUUUGUGUGUGUUAGGGGAACAGGGUCACAUCAAAACGGAGUGUACAGCCCGUCAGAAAUCAUAGCACGUCAGCUGUUUCCAAUCAGAGCAGACUGUGCUUAUCGGAAGGAUGGGGCUUUGUAGAAAACAGAAUAAUGAUCUUUAAAAAUAGCAUCAGAUAACCCCUUUAAUGCUUUGUGGUCCAUUUAUAGCAAAAAGUGGUGCCCCCACAUGAUGCCAAGUGAUGUCUCCAUUUUGCUACAGUUAACACACAGGCUAAUGAUUCUUUGUCCACUGUGGAGAAUUUUCUUUCAGCCGCAGUGAGCAUACGUAAAGCACCAUCUACAACGUGUUGUCAAAUCCCUGCCAAGACCAUAGUCCAUGCAUCAGUAGACACGACAGUUGGAAGAGAAGGUUUAAAGAGAGCGGGAACUGGGCUCUCCACCAGCACUGCUUUCACUCUAUUAAAACAUUUGUCGCUUCUGCAGUCCAUUCAAACAAAUUGCAUUUCUCACAAGAGCAUGCAGUGGCUCGACUUAUGCUGGUACGUACAUGAUAAAUCAAUGGUUGAGAAUAUUGCUGCACCCCUCAACUCACUCAGCAGGUCCUCCAUAUGGGGUAAGGGGCGUUUGUCAACUGUUAAUGCUUUGUUAAGCCCUACGUUUGUGCCAGACUGCGCCUUGUCUUUCCAUUCACCAAAGGUCCUCUGACUCCAAGUGCUUCUCUCUCAUCAAGACAACAUCAGCCAAGAUCAGCUGGAGCCUCAACAAGCUUCAGCACAGUUUUAUUCAAAUAGGUUCUGCUUAUCUUCAAUGGUCGGCAGGUCCUUUUCUUUCACGGCACCCAAACUUUGGAACUCACUCCCCUUGGCACUCAGAACAGUUGCCUCUUACAGUGUAUGUCCGAAACCUCAGUAUUCAUAGAAGAGUAGUCGAGAAGUUCCCGGAUGUCCUACUACUUUAGCCCAGAUUCUUGAGUGCUCAUCGAUGGAUACUUUUCAAUCCCAAAAGCCCACGGGAGAUCAAUACGUCAUCUUCGAACGUGAUGGAGAACAGCGACGAGGCUGUUUACAAAUGUGAGUAUUACAAACCAAAAACACGGUUUCCUGUGUUAAAAUCACAUUUGUUGAGCUACUGUACAGUAAACUGUUGAUUUGCUUAAGGUGUAAAGACGCUAGACAGUAAUGUUACAGUAUAUUUGUGAUUUUGCUCUAAAAACACGUCUCAUUAUGUAUAGCAAACAGGGGAGCUCCAGUAAACACAUGCACGCCUCCAGAGUACAUAUUCAAGAGAUAACGAUUUAUAAUUUAUUUUUAAUAAAAAAAUAAUAUAUUUAAGGAUUAAACUGUGGGUUAGGCUAUAUUAGUAGUUAAAAAUAUAAAAACUUAAAUCAACCCCAAAUUUAUUGGAUAGCCUACUACAAUCAUAAGGGCAGCUGUUUCUUCAACAAGACCAAAAAUGAGCAAAUUUCAUCAACAUCAAAAUUUACAGAUAGACGAAUUAAACCUGUCGCUCAUAUCUUUUAAGUUUGUGUUUGCGUUUGUUAUAAUGUCAUAAAUCACAUGAUAACGUCAACAUGGUCUCAGUGUUCCUGUUCAUGUCCUUCAGGUGUGUUUCCUGCUGAAACAAAUGGAAUUCAGUCAGUGAUGGAGGGAGAUUCAGUCACUCUAAACUCUGAUCUUACUGAAAUGUUGGAUGAUGAUCUGAUUCUGUGGAGGUUUGGACCUGAAAACACUUUAAUAGCUGAGAUUGAUGUAAUGGCUGAUAGCAUGACUGUAUAUGAUGAUGUUCUUGAUGGGAGAUUCAGAGACAGACUGAAGUUGGACAGUCAAACUGGAUCUCUGACCAUUAUAAACACAAGAACUGAACAUACUGGACGUUAUAAACUAGACAUAAAACGUGUGAUCAAGAAUUUCAGUCUCACUGUCUAUGGUGUUCUGCCUGUUCCUGUCAUCAGCAGUAACUCUUCACAGUGUUCUUCUUCAUCAAAUUGUUCAUUGGUGUGUUCAGUUGUGAAUGUGAGUGAUGUGACUCUCUCCUGGUUCAAAGGAAACAGUUUAUUGUCCAGCAUCAGUGUGAGUGAUUUCAGCAUCAGUCUCUCUCUACCUCUGGAAGUGGAAUAUCAGGAUAAAAACACCUACAGCUGUGUGCUCAACAACCCCAUCAGCAACCAGACCAGACAACUCAACAUCACUCAACUCUGUCACACAUCUGCAGAUCAGGGCCUACCUUUACUGUACAUGGUGAUGAUCUCGGCUGGAUCGCUGUUGAUUGUAGCUGCAGUCGUGUUCUGCUGCAUCUGCAAGAAAUGUAGAAAAACAGUCGAGACACAGGAGGAAGACAGAAGAAAGACAGACACAUUGAGUAAACCAACAAAACGAAAAACAUUGGAGAAGUUAUAACAUGGGCAACAUCCCUCCGUACUCAGUUCGGGAAGUUACUGCAUCCUAAACCGAGUGGGAGCGGAGCAAAGGAAGUCACCCCGCGUCAGAACUGGAUAAUUAAGCAUCUCGACUUUUUGAAGUGUCAUGUUUUGCCUCGUCAGACUUUCAGCACUUUGGAGGAAAAUAUAUUUUGAAGAAUGUUGGUUACCAGACAGUUGACAGCAGGUAGAUGACCUCGAUGGUUUGCCUUCAGCAUCCUCAGGCAUGGACACACCAACUACACAGUCAUCACCCCCACCAGAGACUGAAGAUACUCAGGAAAAAAGGUGCAGACAAAGGGGCCAAAAAAGAACAAUAACAGGGAGAAAGAGGAGCUUAACCUUGAAAGAGAGAAAAUUGAGAUCCUCAAGCAGGUAGCAGCUAAUAACUCCUUCAGCAAUGACAAUCCUGAUGCUAUAUUCGGUAAGCAAGUGGCAAGUGAGAUGCAAGUCAUAAAAGAUCCAGUUGUGAAAAUACAAGCAAGGAGGUCCAUCAUGAGGAUUCUGUAUGAUGCUCAAGACAGAAGCAUGUCAAACACCCAGCAGAUGUCAACCUAAACCUAUCCUGCAUCACAACCAAUGUACCACACCUUAUCAUCACUUGCUACACCACAUCAUCGAACCCUUCCUCUUUACCACCUGUCUCCUGUCACUUCCACUGGUCAGCAACCUCCUGGUACAUUCUUAGGAAUGCUCACUUCAGAGCAGCAGGGUGAAGAGAGUUUGUAAAAAUGUUUUGCUUUUGUUUUGGUUGUGAAGUCUCAGUACAAUUGGCUGUACUAAAAUGUUGUGUUUCUAUGUUUAUGACUGCAAUCUUCAGAUAGACAAAAAAUAACUACCAUUCUGAAAUUCUUAAAACAUGCUAUGGAGCCAAAAGUUGUUGGUUUUUAUUUAUUAUUAAUUUAUUAAUUUUCAAAUUUAUUUUCAAGCAUUGAUUUGAUUUGUCACUUGCUUAAGAAUCAAUAAACAGUAGGUUCCUAUAUCUUGUUUCUGUUGAGAUAAAUGUGAACAUAUUUCAGAAUUUGCCACAAAACAUUGUAUCUGUCACACACAGAGACGCGAACCAAGAGUGAGUGAUCAACAGUGAAGUUUAUUAACAGAAAGUGGAAUCAGGAUAAUAACGUGCGUCAGUGGAUGAGUGAGAGUUCGUGUAGUCCGUCAAGGGGAUGAGCUUGGUUUGCCGAUAACAGAUGAGUUUCCAAUAGAGAACCAGGGAGCUUUGUAAUCCGCCGCAGGGAAUCGUGGAGAGACUGGGGAGAAACACUGCGCAGCAACUGGAGAGUAAACACACAGGUUAGAAUUGAGGAGAGUCAGGUUACUGUUCCGUAUGUGAACCGUAGACCGGACGAUGAAUGUCAGAGAGUGUGGGUGCUUUAUGGGAGUGCUGAUGAGGGUACGCAGGUGCAGGUGAUUAGAAGUCAGGUGACUGUGAUCUGGUGAUUGCAGUUGAUGACGGUGACUGUGACUCUGACAGUAUUUAUAAAACAAGAAAUAUUUCAGUGAAAUGAUAAAGACAAAUGUAUGGAAACGUAUUUUACAGUUUAAAUUUAUUUAGAUUUAUUGCAUAUUGUUUGUGUACAGAUGCUCAAAAUGAUUCAGUGACCCUGGAGCAGGGUUUUCACAUGCCUUCGUACAUUACAGCAUGUAUUCCUGCCAACACACAGACCCUGCUGCUGAAACAAAAUAGUCUUUCAGUUUGUCACGCUGCUCCUUUGCUGUUCUGCUCCCAUUUCCAUCUCUGCCAGCAGACACUGAUGUAAGGGUGGCAUCACUGCGCCAGCUUCCAGGAAUGAUAUGGUGGUCUUCAUCCUCUGUGUCUACUAAUGCAACGGGCAUGUGGCAUGUACUCGCAGAGACAGAGCAGCCAGGGUUACCAUGGACACUGCUUCUGGGUGUAGAGGAAUUGUGGUAAGAAAGACUUGCCAUCUGUUGGCAAGUACGCCAAACGCAUUCUCAACAACACGUCUAGCUCUUGAUAGCCUGUAAUUGCAGACACGCUGGUCAUGGUCAAGAUGUCUGAAGGGAUAUGGUUUCAUUAAGUGUUUUUGAAGUGGAAAUGCCUCAUCUGCAACGAAUAUGAAGGGCAUGACCAUGUCUGUGCCUGGUAAACGUUGGGCUAAAGGAACAUUUAAGAUGUCGUUGUCCAUUGCCUCUUUCAGAUCACAGUGGGCAUAAACACCUCCAUCAGAUACUCUGCCCUGGGUACCAGUGUGUGCAUACAGAAAAUGGUACUUGGCAUACAAGAGCCAUCAGGACUACAAAGCGAGACUUAUAAUUUCUGAAGGUGCUCCCACUGUUGCUUAGUGGAAGGAUGGUGAUGUGCUUACCAUCUAACGCACCAAGACAGUGGGGAAAUUGCCAUCUUUCCUGAUAACCGCUGGCCACCUUUCUCCACUCAGCCAAUGUAGUCGGAGUCUACAAAAAACAACAACAGACUGCAUCAGAACAGUGUCACAUUAUGUGAUCUUUAAGUGUGUCUUGUAAUGACAUGUUGCAUUGUACUGUAGCUGCUUCACUCUAAGAAAUGCUAAAAAAUCAAGAUUCAUUUACAAGACAACUGAAAUUAUGUAAGGUAUUAAGUUUUGUUUUCUGGAAAUUACACAAAAGAAAUCAAAAUUAUGUUUUCAGUUAGUUUUUUUUUUUGGCUGUAAAGCAAGACAAAGUAUCUGCCAAUAGGGUAAGAACAAUAAUUGUCACCUGAUGCAGUUUGGUUUCCUUGCCACUGUUGCCUCUGGCAUGUUUAGUUGGGGGCACUUAAUAUUCAACAGCGUUAUUGAUCUGACUGUAUUUACACUAUUAAAUGAGAACGGAACUGUGCUGGAUGAUGAAAUCAACAUUUUCUCCAGAGCUGCUGUA